GAAUCAUUUAAGUGACGUACCGACACUGAAACUUCGGAUCUUUCGUUUCUUCCUAAGAGAAUGACUGAGACCUCAGAAAACACGCAGAAGUACGAGGAGCUGUUCGCCCACAGAUUUUCAUCGGAGGAUAAAGAAUAUCAGCAGUAUGUGACCCGUCCAGCUGACUCUCCACCCAUCGUCGAAGACUGGAGGGGUCGUGCUGGAGGAAACCAGAGAGGCAGGGAUAACAGGUACCAGGACCGCCGUGGACACAGAGGUAGAGGAUGGGGAGGAGACCAGGGUCGGUGGGGGGAUCAGCGUUGGUGGCGGGAUCAGCGUGGGCAGCAACAGUGGCAUGACAGAGACAGAGACAGGCAUUGGGGUCAUGGAAGUGGGUACCAGUCAGGUCCUCCAAGCUCCAACCAGGGACACAACUCCUAUCAUCAGAGACCACAUUAUGACCGCUACUGAUCUUCACUGUCAUCUCUCAGCUGUUGUCAGUAUUUAUAGUAUUCACAGUCUUCUAACUUUCAGAGCUGUAUGUGCAACUGUUGUUUUUUUUUGGUUAGUGUCAUAAGCAAGGGCUGAGCAUGAUGUCAAUGUUGCUAAUUUAUUGUCCAUCAUUGUAAUUCUGAUGCCCUUUUUUUUUUUAUUAUUAUUUUACUUUAAAAUAUCCAGAAAAGAGAGAAAAUUACAGUUCGCGUUUGAGGUCCACUUACCUUGUUCAUACCCAAACACAGUAACGUUUUCCCAUGUUUCUUCAUAUUGCUCAGCCCUCUUUUCAUUUUCAGGAAUCUUAAUAAGCACAUAUUUGCAGUUUUCAUGACAGCAACUCAAAUUGCAAAAAAACACUGAAAUUUGACAAUUUCCCCCAACAUUUUAGGUAUGUGGGCUGUUUUCAGUAUUUGAUUAUCACAACAUUACUG